AUGGCGAUAGUAGAGGGUACAGAGCUCGCGAAGCAUAACAGUAGACAAUCAUGCUGGCUUGCCAUCCAUGGCGAGGUCUGGGAUACAACCGACUUUCUCGAACAACAUCCAGGCGGCGCAAACUUGAUUCUCAAAUUAGCUGGCAAAGAUGCUUCAGAUGAGUAUGAACUGUUUCACAGUCCUGAGCUCGUCCGGGACACUCUCGGAUUCAAUGCAAGAAAGGGCACGAUAGAUGUCUCGACCAUCCCGAGUCUGGACAGGAAACCGGAGCCAGAAUCAGAAGCUAAAAAGAGUCCGCCGCUGAGCUCCAUGAUCUGCGUCAAUGACUUUGAGAAAGUCGCAGAAAAGACAAUGACACCAACUGCAUGGGCCUACGUUUCUUCAGGAGCCGACGACGAGAUCAGUAUGAGGGAGAACGCAAAAGCAUAUCGAAAGAUCUUCUUGCGGGGUCGGAUACUGCGGAAAGUAGGAAGAGUCGAUUGCAGCACCACCAUUCUCGGCCACUCCUCUGCUCUGCCUAUCUAUACUUCGCCUGUCGGCCUGGCUAAACUGGUACACCCAUCAGGCGAAUGUGCCAUUGCUGCAGCUGCUGGAAAGGAAGGAUGUAUCCAGGUUGUCAACACCGUCUCCAGUAUGCCGAUUGAGGACAUCAUGGAAGCACGGGUUUCCAAACAUCAGAUCAUUUUCUGGCAGUUGUAUGCGGAUAAAGACCUGGAAAAGUCAAAAUCAUUCAUCAAGAGGGCCGAAAGAGCCGGUGUGGCAGCCAUAUGGCUUACAGUUGAUUCACCUGUUGUUGGUAAUCGUGAACGAGAUGAGCGAUCGAAAUCAGUGAUUGACAUAGAGGAAAGAUUGGAGGAAGUCGUCGAGACUACUCAAAGUGUCGGCAUCGCGAAAGCAAACACUGGCUUCAUCAAUGCUGACCUUGACUGGGACAUGGUCGACUGGCUACGAAAAGCUACGAAACUGCCGAUUGUGAUCAAAGGAAUUCAGUCGGUCGAAGAUGCAGUUACCGCUUUCAAUCACAAGGUCGAUGGCAUCGUGUUGAGUAACCAUGGAGGUCGAUCUCAAGAUACGGCACAGCCUCCUCUUCUCACUCUCCUAGAGAUCGAUCGAUAUGCUCCUCAUAUUCUGGGCAAGCACAUGCAAAUCUUCGUCGACGGUGGCAUACGAAGAGGCACCGACAUCAUCAAGGCAUUAGCCUUGGGUGCAAAUGCAAUUGGUAUUGGGAGACCAGUCUUAUAUAGCAUGUCUGGCGGUUACGGCGAACAUGGUAUCAGACGCAUGAUACAAUUACUUCGCAACGAGCUGCAAACGAACAUGGCAUUCAUCGGCGCAAGCAAAGUCGGAGAUAUCGAGCGUAAUAUGAUAAACACCAGAGAAUUGGAAAGGAUGAUGGUGGGCUCUGUAAAGCUUUAG